AUGUCUAAGGUGGCGGCAGCCGGAGCGGGAGCCGUGGCCACAGGGGGGUCGGCAGCGGGGGCAGAGACUUGCGGGGCAGGGCCGGCCGAAGACCUCGCCAAGGUGUCUGAUGAGGAGCUGCUCCAGUGGAGUAAAGAGGAGCUGAUCCGGAGCCUGCGCAAGGCUGAGGCUGAGAAGAUGAGCGCCAUGCUGGACCACAGCAACCUCAUCCGGGAGGUCAACCGGAGGCUGCAGUUGCACCUGGGCGAGAUUCGGGGGCUCAAGGACAUCAAUCAGAAGCUGCAGGAGGACAACCAGGAGCUGCGGGACCUUUGCUGUUUCUUGGACGACGACCGGCAGAAAGGCAAAAAGGUCUCCCGAGAGUGGCAGAGGCUCGGCAGGUACAGCACCGGCGUGAUGCACAAAGAGGUGGCCUUAUAUUUGCAGAAGCUGAAGGAGCUGGAGGUGAGGCAGGAGGAGGUGGUGAAGGAGAACCUGGAGCUGAAGGAGCUGUGCGUCUUGCUGGACGAAGACAAGGCUGGCGUGGCCGGCUGCAGGAACUCCAUCGACAGCCAGGCCAGCCUCUGCCAGUUAAGCGCUGCCAGCGCGUUCAUUCGGGAUGUGGGGGACGGGAGCAGCACCUCCAGCGCCGGAAGCACCGACAGCCCCGACCACCACAAGCAUCACCCCAGCUCGAGUCCCGAGCACCUCCAGAAGCCCCGGGGCGAGGGCAGUCCCGAGCACCAAAGGCACAGGAGUGCCAGCCCGGAGCUCCUCCACAAGCCCAGGGCUUCUGCCAGCCCUGAUCCCCAGAAGCACCUGAAGGGGCCGAGCCCGGAGCAUCACAAGACUCUCGGCAAAGGUGCGGCGGAGCAGCAGAAGCAUGGCUGCGGCAGCCCGGAAACCCUGCCGAAGCACAUGCUGAGUGGCAGCCCGGAGCACUUCCCGAAGCACAGGCCUGGGAGCAGUCCAGAGCCGCAGAAGCACGGUGGCGGCGGUGGCGGGAGUCCCGAGCUCCUGCAGAAACACACCCUCAGUGGGAGCACAGAGCACCUCUCGAAAGUGCGGGGCACCAGCCCCGAGCACCUCAAACAGCACUAUGGGGGAAGCCCGGAGCACCUCAAGCACUUGGGCGUUGGCAGCAGGGAAGGCACCUUACGGAGACAGGUUGCGGACGAUCUCUCGCCCCAUCACAGGAGCCUCUACAAUGGGAUGAAUGAACCAACCUUGUCCUAUGUUAGGCAGCUGGAGGCAAGAGUAAGACAGCUGGAGGAGGAAAAUCGCAUGCUGCCCCAGGGUCCCGUUAGGAUGCCAUCAGAGGUAGAUGGGAAAGUCUGCUCUGCAAGUCACCCAGCUAGCUUCAAUGACCAGGCCUCCUCAGCUUCUCAGCAGCCUGAAGCCGUGGUUAAUGCCCUCAAGGUUGUGUGGAGGAAACUUGGAGAUGCUGCCGGCUCAUGUCCUGGAAUUAGACAGCACUUGUCUGGAAAUCAGUACAAAGGCCCGAUGUGA